UCAAUUAACACUGCUUUCUAAUUUUCUCCCUCUCUUUGAGCUCCGUGACCAACUAUCUUCUUGAAUAUUGUUUUCCGGAUAUAGAAUUGGAAGCGCACAAUGACCAUCGAUCGCACCUCGGCGGAGCUAUGGCGGCAUCCCGACCCACAGUCAACUUCCAUGUACUCUUUCCUCGACCAUGUGAGAAACAAGUACAAGCUCGAGAUCGACGACUAUCCCGGCCUCUAUAAAUGGUCAACGCAGAAUCCAUCGGAAUUCUGGGGUGAGGUUUGGCACUUUUGCGGUAUCAAGGCCUCCCAGCCGUAUUCUCAGGUCCUACCUGCCGAUGCACCAAUCUUCCCUCGCCCGGACUUCUUUGCCGGGUCACUGUUGAACUUUGCAGAAAAUCUGCUGUUCCCCCAAAAUGUCAAUGUGGAUGAGUCUGCCACUGCGGUUAUCACCGUCACUGAGCUCGACGGGUCUACUCAGACGGCCACUUGGGCGAUAUUACGUGAUGCAGUGCGUAAAUGCUCCUUUGCCUUGCGUGCCGCGGGCGUGAGGCCGAAGGAUGUUGUCGCCGGCUUCGUUUCCAAUCACUACGAGGCUCUCGUGGCCAUGUUGGGUGCUGCCGCUGUCGGUGCUAUUUGGACUGGUAUUAGCCCUGACAACGGCGUGAGCGCUGUGCUGGACCGGCUGGUGCAGAUUGAGCCCAAGGUGCUGUUUGCAGAUAACGGUACUGUGUACAAUGGCAAGCCGUGGUCUAGUAUGGACAAGGUGAUACAAAUUGUAAAGGAAUUGAAAACUCUCGAGGUGGUAGUUUUCAUAGUCAAUAUCCCACUGUGUAAAGCACCCUUGGAUAUACAACUGCCUGAUUCAGUAGUCGGCACUGAAUACAGUGACUUUUUAAACAUGACCCCUGAUGACGAGCCGCUGAGGUUCGAGCAGCUCCCGCCAUCCCAUCCUCUUUAUGUACUUUAUUCCUCGGGCACGACCGGUCUUCCCAAGGCCAUUGUUCACACAGCGCUAGGCACUCUGAUACAGCACAAGAAAGAGCACAUCCUCCACUGCUCAAUGGAUUCGACUUCCCGCUUGUUGUACUAUACUACGACUUCGUGGAUGAUGUGGCACUGGAGCGUCUCGGCAUUAGCCUGCGGCUCGACGCUCGUGCUCUACACCGGUUCUCCCUUCAAGCCACAUGGUUAUCUCUCGCUUCCCCGGCUGCUCUCCUCGCUGAAGGUCACGCACUUCGGCACCUCAGCAACGUAUCUUACAACACUGGAAGCCAACAACAUAUACCCUUCGGAAUCUCUUGAUCUCUCUCAUCUCCAGGCCAUCUAUUCAACGGCAUCGCCCUUACCCCCGUCAACCUUCUCCUUCGUGUAUAAAGCUUUCCCGUCACAUAUCAAUCUAGGCUCGAUCACCGGCGGAACGGACAUCAUCUCGUUAUUUGGCGCCCCUAAUCCUCUGCUGCCUGUCUACGUAGGUGAAAUACAAUGCGCCGGCCUCGGCAUGGCCAUUGAUGUUGUAGAUCCCCUCACGGGAGAGCGAACGCCAGGCGAGGAUGGCGAGUUGGUAUGCACCCAGCCCUUCCCGUGCCAACCAUUAACAUUCUGGGGCCCCAACGGCGAGGACAAGUACCGAGCAAGCUACUUCGAGCGCUUCCCCGACGUCUGGCACCACGGGGAUUUCGUGCGGAUCGACGUCCGCACGGGUGGGCUGACGAUGCUCGGUCGCAGCGACGGCGUCCUGAAACCAUCCGGCGUCCGCUUCGGCAGUGCCGAGAUCUACAACGUGCUGACCAAGUUCUUCGGCGGCGAGGUCGAGGACGCCGUGUGCGUGGGGCGACGGCGGGAAACGGACCGCGACGAGACCGUCUGUCUGUUCGUGCUGAUGUGCGAGGGGAAGGAGUUCACGGAUGAGUUACGCGCGAGGAUCCAGCAGACCAUCCGAACCGAAUUAAGUCCCAGACACGUGCCUGCCAUCAUCGAAAAGGCCGGUGGAGGUAUUCCACGGACAGGAAAUGGGAAAAAGAUCGAGGUCGCCGUCAAACAAAUCCUAUCCGGCAUCAACGUUAAGACCAACGCAAGCGUAGCGAACCCUGAAUCCCUCACGUGGUUUCAGGAAUGGACGGCCAGCCAUGCCUAAUAUGUAACGACGUUGAUACCGCAUGGCAGUAUCGGUACAUCCACCUAUCAGCCAUUCAUCAUCAUGAAUAUAGGAACUAGAGUCAACGUAGAGUAGAUUUCGAUAGUUACCAGUUUAGCGUGACGCGCUUUAAAUGGCGGGAAUAGAUAACAGUGAACUCAUCUUCGAUCACCCCGCUUCAGUAUAUAUAUGCACCCGUUGAUCCCCUCAACUACCAAACGGCCCCCGUUCUGAAUACUUGUUUCACCACAUGAUCUCCCGCAAUCGCGUCUUUUGCGCAUCGCCGCCGAAUAUGACAUCGACCCCUUUCCUCGCGAGACUCAAGACGUCGUCCCUCUCAAGGUGGAAAUACCGCUGUAUCAGUUUCCAUUCGUUCGAUACGGGGCUGUCGAAAACGCCAACGUCGUCGGUCUAGAAAUAUAGAGA